UCUCUCUCUCCGUCUCCCUCUCUCUCUCUCUCUCCCUCUCCCCCCCUCUUUUUCGCUGUUGCCUCUUUGCCUCCCUAAAUCAAGGUGCAAAGAUGCCAAAGAGUGAUGAAAUGAAAAGAAAGCCAAUUGCUGGACUGAGGUGGGGGAGAUAGCUGCUCGGAGUCCGCCUGCGACUAUGGAGCAGUCAGUAAUUGCUGGAGACAGGGAGAGCUGGGGGUUGGGCUGAGGUAGCCAUGUAUAAAUAGUGUGAUCUCAAAUUGAAAGGCAUAAAUAACAGCAGGAGUGAUCUAACCCUAUACAGCCCAUCUUCUACGUGCAAAAACAGCGUGCGGAGGACGGCCACAUCUCCGAUUGAAAACAAGUGGAUCUCUGUGGAUAAGAUCACCGGGCAGCCAUGGAAGAACUUACGGCUUUUGUAUCCAAAUCUUUUGACCAGAAAAGCAAAGAGAGCAGCAGCGGCAGUGGCAGCGGCAACAAGAAGGAGACGAUCACGUACAGGGAAGUUUUGGAGAGUGGGUUGGCUCGCUCUAGGGAGCUUGGAAACUCUGAUUCUAACCUGCAGGACAUGACCGAGAGCAGCAACCAUUGCCCGGUGCAUCUUUUCAAAGACCACGUAGAGAGCGACAAGGACAAACUGAAGGAGUUCAACACGGGCAGGACAGCGGAAGGGAUCUACGAAUGCAAAGAGAAGAGGGAAGAUGUGAAGUCAGAAGAUGAAGACGGACAGACCAAGCUUAAACAAAGGAGAAGCAGAACCAAUUUCACACUAGAGCAGCUGAACGAGCUGGAAAGACUUUUUGAUGAGACUCACUAUCCGGAUGCCUUCAUGAGGGAGGAACUAAGCCAGAGGCUGGGACUAUCUGAAGCUAGGGUUCAGGUCUGGUUCCAGAACAGGAGAGCAAAGUGCCGAAAGCAGGAAAACCAGAUGCACAAAGGUGUGAUCCUGGGAACCGCCAGCCAUUUAGACGCCUGCAGAGUAGCCCCCUAUGUGAAUAUGGGAGCCCUGAGGAUGCCUUUCCAACAGGUCCAGGCGCAGCUGCAGCUGGAGGGCGUGGCCCACGCGCACCCGCACCUGCACCCGCACCUGGCGGCCCACGCGCCCUACCUGAUGUUCCCGCCGCCGCCCUUCGGGCUGCCCAUCGCCUCCCUGGCCGAGUCCGCCUCCGCCGCCGCCGUGGUGGCCGCCGCCGCCAAGAGCAACAGCAAGAACUCCAGCAUCGCCGACCUGCGGCUGAAGGCCCGCAAGCACGCCGAGGCCCUGGGGCUCUGACACGCUUCCCCCGAGCCCCCCAUCACACCCCGCCCCGGGUGCCCGCGGCGGGCGGGCGUGUGACCCGCACGGACCGCCGCUCUGCCCCUCCGCUCCUCCUCAUCCUCCUCCUCCUUGGCUGCAGGGCGAGCAGCGAGCGCUCCGGCCGCCCUGCCGCCUUAUCUCGUUUUUAUUUUAUUUUAUUUUUGUUUUGUUUUGUUUUUGUUUCUUCCCCCUUCCCCGAGGUGUGCGAGCGCCGCUCUGCUCGCCCGCUCGGCCCCAGGGGCGCGGCGGCCGGGAGGUGCCGCGUGGCGCGGGGGGGACGCUCCGCCCGCCGCGGGCCCCGCACACAAGAGACGCGAGCAGCAAACACGCACCCGCCAGUCAGAGACUCCUCGGAGGACAAAGUAGGUGGGAGGAGAGAGAAAAGAGAGUUUAAAAAAAAAAAUCACAAAAAGAGGAAAAAAAAAAAAAGGAAACUAUCUCUAAAUUAUGUUAAUCUGUGAACAUUGGGGACACUUUGGAUUUUUGACCCUGGCAAAAGUGAUCGCUCCGGCAUAACGUCAUCUGCUGCUGUCAGUUUUGCUACCUUGUGCAUGUGUCAAACUAAACACGUUUUGAAGAUCAGAAAUAUAUUAGAACAAAACUAAACAAAACAAAUAGUAAUAAUAAUAAAUAAUAAAUCCUUGGGGCUGGUCUCCAUUAAAGAUGACAUUUCUUUGUUGCCAACAGUAUUAUUUCACUGCCAUGAAUCUCUUCCAUCACUGAGGAGCUGCUGCUGCUGCAGAACUGGUUUGAAUUUAAAUGUGGAAUUUCAGAUCUGAGGCAAGGCAGAUUUUUAUUUUCCUUCUUUUCUUUCCUAAAAAAAAAAAGGGCAGCAAUAACAAAAAAGUGUGUGCCUCAAAUGGCUAUGUCAUUUGAAAGGAGAAAAAAAGAGAGACUAGAACUUACUAAUUGUUAGUGAUAACUUGAAAGAUGGGAACAAUAAGAAAUGCACCUGUUUGCCAGAAUUACAUGAACUCAAAGAGAUGUAUUGUGCCAUAGAAACAGGUCAAUUUUUCAUUUUUUUGCCCCAGAUGCCUAGAUCUUUGAAUCAGAAUCUCACUGUUUUACAGGAUGUAGAAAGAAUGAAUUAUAUCACAAAGGUGGACAUAUGGUUUUAAGGCAUAAUACUGAUGCAGCAUUAAUUUUAGUGAAAUGCAAUUAAGUGCAGUAAAGUGCAAUACUGUAAAUAUUAUAGAUGAAAAAAAUAGCCGUACUUAUUCCGUUAUUAACCAAUUCUGCAAGAUCCAUAACUUAAAUCCUUUAUGCUCAGACUGGUGCAUUGCAGCUCCUUGCCAAAAUGACAGUCCGAGUCUUCUAGGAAUGGAUAAAAUUAUAUGUAUCACAUAUGGGAAAAGGUAGAUACUAUGAUUUCUAGUCAACUUAAUGUGCCAUAUUUCUCAGAAGCAAGCUGAAAAAAUCUGUAUUAUACUUUCACAUUAUUUUAGGUAAAAAAGCAAAACAACAACAAACCCAAACAAGUUAAAACAACCCAGAGAAGUGUUCUGUAGAAGAGGACAAGUUCAAUAUUUGGACAUUUUAAUUUUUGCCUGUGAUUUGGACACCAAGUAUUAAACUAAUGCUUAAGCAAAGAAACUACUACAAAUCCAGCAAGGAUGGAGAGCAGGGAAGUCCUUUAAAUUGUAUUACCAAAGUGUCUGGGUUUAUUGACCCUCCUCCCCAGUUUUACUUUUUUUCUGUUAUUCACUUCUAAUUUGGUUUGGGUUUUUUAAAAAAAAAAAUUUGCUGGGGAGGAGAGAGGAAGGUACAAAUAGUGGUCUUGUCUUCAUCUAACAAGAUAGUUUUUUGUUGCCUUUACUACCAAGGUCUGUGUUGAUGGAAGGCUAUCCUCUGAAUAGCACCGUUAUUAGGCCUGCUUUUUAUGUCUCAUUUAGCAAUCCAUUACUAGUUUUGGCUUUUGCUGAUGUUUAUCAAAUCCAAAUAUUACUGUAGGACAAAAAUUCAUGCUUAGGAAAAUUUUUAGACUUUUCUUCUUUUUUGAGUUUUGUUUUUUUUUUUUCUUUUCUCCUUCAAAUUUUGAUAUUUUCUGGCAUACAAAAUUUCUGGAAUGUCAAAAGUGUGCCGCUUCCCUUCUAUUUAUUAUGUGAGAAGUAGUUAAUGUCUUGGAUUUGCUGAGGCUGAUAAAAGUUGCCUGCCAUUUUUACCUCUCUGUGAAAGUCUAGUACCUUUUUAAAGCAAGGCCAAAUAUGAAGGUAGAAUAUGAAUACUUGUUGCUGAGCAAUACAGACUAAAUCUCAGGCAACCAGCAAUUUCUUAUUGAAACAAAACAUUGUCUGGAAAGUAAAAUGUUAUUCAUGAUGAUGUAUGAAAUUCUGGCUAGAAUGAGAAAUAUUUGGAGUGGUUCUAGCACUUCUAAAAUGCAGAUCUGAAAAGUAAUAAACAUUAGUACAAAGAUG